AUGCCAGCUUCUCGUUGUCUCGUGAGAGGCUCCAUAAACAUUGACGAAUUCUUUCAUCUACCUCACAUUGUUCGACCGGGAGAGACCAUCUCGUCUACUGAUUUCGCUCGUAAACCCGGUGGAAAGGGAGCGAAUCAAUCUUAUGCCGUGGCGAAAGCUGGUGGUCAGGUCGACCUAGAUGGAUGUAUAGGUCAGGAUGGAACAUGGGUCAAAGAGUAUCUCGAAGCUGGGGGAGUGGAUGUCCAUCGCCUGCAAGUAUUGAAAGAUGAGGUCACCGGCAGAGCCAUCAUCCAAAUUCUACAUAAGGGCGCAAACUUCUACGCCCCCUCAGAGCCUCAACAGCUCGACCUCUCUUCAUACACCCACCUCCUACUCCAAAACGAGAUUCCCCUUCCUAUCACGCUCGAGCAUUUGACGACAGCCGCAUCUCAUUCCAUCACUACAGUUUUCAACCCUUCUCCCAUGCUUUCCACAUCUGAGCUCAGAUCUUUCCCCUGGGACAGUCUCUCCUGGCUCAUUGUGAACGAAGGCGAGCUCGCCGACCUCCUUUCAGCGCUAGGCAGCUCAACAUCGCGACCAUCUUCCUCGGAAGGAGAGAAUCUGCGAGGCAAAGCCGAAGAGGAUCUUAGACUCUUGCAUGAGAACCAACACUUUAGCUCGUCAACAUCGAUCAUCUGCACGCUAGGAGCGCAGGGGAUCAUAUACUUUCAACCUCGAUCAAAUUUGCCCGUCAAUAUGGGACAUUUACCAGCCGCCAAGCUCCAGAAGCCUGUCAAGGACACGACUGGCGCUGGAGACUGUUUUGCAGGCUACUUUGUUGCCGGCUUAAUGGCUGGAUUAGAGUUAGAAGAGGUCCUGAGGAUAUGCCUGACAGCCUGUGCGAUUUGUGUGGAAAGUGCUGGAGCGAUGGAGAGCUACGCCUCUCGAGAUGAGGUCCUGAAGAGACUGAACUAG